GGCAAAAUAUGACAGAUUCCAUCACAGCUCCCUCUCCGACAACCUAUAUUACUUUCUACUAUGUUGUUUCGUAGAUUUCUGGUUCAGCUGAUCAUGGUCACCACCAGAGAUUUCGAGGAAGAGAUGCCACGCACAGUGAUUUUUGAAGAGGAAUUGAUGGGUCUGAUUCAAAGAAGAUGGCAAUCAAGGCUCAGAUCUAUCAGGAGUUUAGGAGAUUGAAGUUUUUGUGAUGGAGGGAGGAGAUUUUCCUGUUAGGAGAUGGGAGGACCUUGAUAAUGAUAUCUUGGUGAAGAUACUCCAGUUUUUUGACCUUUUUGAAUUGUCUGCUGGACUUGCUCAUGUUUGUAAUGUGUGGCGAUUGGCUCGUUGUGAUCAACUUCUGUGGGAGACGCUGAACUUGUCGGAGUUUAGGAGAUUGAAGCUUUUAUGAUGCCGUUUCAAAAACAAGAAAAGAUUGAAGUUGUUGUGACGGAAGGAGGAGAUUCUCCUGUAAGGAGAUGGGAGGACCUUGAUAUCGAUAUAUUGUUGAAGAUAUUCCAGUCCGUUGACCUUUUCCAGUUGAUCUCUAUAAUUCCUCAAGUUUGUCGGUCAUGGCAAUUGGCUUGUUCUGACCAACUUCUCUGGAAAACGCUGGAUUUGUCAGUAAUGCAGUCAAAUUUUAUUAGAAUUACAAUACCACCGUAUGUAUAUGUCGACAGUCUAUCUCGUGAAAAAUUGACCCACCUCCUAAAGAUUUGUUUGAACCUUAGUCGUGGAAACAUACUGACAUUGAUCUUCCAUUUCAAUUUGUAUGUUGACAACAAUCAAUUGGCUUAUACUGCCAAGAGGUGUCCAGGGCUUAAACGCCUUGUUAUGCCUGCUUGGGAAAAACUAGAAAAGGCAACAAUAUGCAGUGCUUUUCGUAAAUGGAAAGAUCUUGAAUCACUGAUGAUGCCUAGUUUAGAAGAACCUGCAUAUAUCAUCAAGAAAAUUGGAAGGAGUUGCAAAAAACUUUCUGAAUUGAAGAUUAUGGGUCCCUGUGAUAUGCUGUUGGCCUCUACACUGGUAUCAUUUCUUCCGAACUUGAAAGUGUUGAGUGUGAGGUGUACGGAGUUACCUAAACCUGCUUUGGUUAUUCUCUUAGAGGGAUUAAAACAGUUGAAAGUGCUCAACAUAUCGCAUUGCAUAAUUACUGAAGACCUUCCUCCACCUGCACCAAUGAAAAUUCUGACCGAGCUUGAUGAAUCCAUUCUCGAAAAAGCAUCUAGGUUAGACAAAUUCCUAACCUGCAUGAGUGACUCAUGCAUCAUGUGUCAGCGCACUCGGAAUGAUGAAGGGUUCAUGAAGUGGUAUAAGUAUGCAGACCUCUGGAAAGUGGAUGAAGUGAAGUCUCUUGCAAUUUGA